GCCCAAUUCACUCAUUGUUGAUGAUGUUCAUAGUGUUAGCCAGCAAUUCCUUCAAGAUUCCUAGAAAGCAAGAAAUCUUUCAUAUUCAUUAUCUUCCCAGUCUCCCUGCAUUUUAUUUUACCUCCCUUUUAGAACAAACAGCUAUGACUGCCUCGGCGACAGGCGACACCAAACAGAUGUUCUCUCAGGUGAGCAUUCAUAUACAAGACAGCAAGCGCUUGGAAGAAGUUAUAUCGCUCUUACGACUUCACCCGGAUUCUGCUGGCGUGAAGCUCCUAUUACGUGAUCUGAAUGCUCUGCAUGUCGAAGCCCGCCCAUCCGCCAUCGUAUUUGUCGGUUCAUCUCAAGAUGGAUACAUUAUUAGGUCUGAUAUCGUCUCAUUCCGCCUUCAGCACGUUCGGGCCUUUACCUCAAUCUACAACAUAACCGCAUCGAGUGCGUGGGUACCAGCACUGCCGGUGACUCAGGAUCUGAAGACUCUUCUCUCGUCGGCCAUUGGUGCCGUUAUCGUCCAGGGUUCUGAUCAGAAAGACCUUGAGUCUAGUCUUGUCAAGCUGUCCGUCGAGUUAGCCAACAAGCUCAACAUCCCUCUAACAGUAGCUCAACCCUGUCCAACUGUCCGAGUAUGCGUUAUUGGCGGGGGCUAUAGUCUCAAGCACCGGACAAGUAUGUUGAACGGGGCGGCAGCUAUUGGGGUGCAGCUAGUGAUCAUUGACAAGUCAGGCCACUGGAUGGAAUCUCAGACGGAGGCACGCGAGGCCUUCUUGGCUGUUGACAUGGCCGUAGAUGAGGGAUUUUGCGAUCGCAUUGUCGCCGCCUGCCAACAAUACGGUUCGCAAUUCGAUGGCAUCACUACUUUUGACGACAAAUAUCGCGUGCCUACAGCACGAGCUGCUGGGAUUUUGGGUCUCCCAACCGAGUCGCCAGACGCUUUUCAAACGUGUACUCGGAAAGACGAGUUCCGACAGCUCUUUCCGAUUGAGAAUUUUCCAUCUUUCUGCGCAACGUCGGUCGAAGACUUCCAGGCCAAAGCAAACGAGCUGGCAUCUCACUUGCCUGUGAUAGUUAAACCCCGAAGCGGGGCGAGCUCGCAAGGUGUCAACAAAGCUGACACCAUGGCCGAAGCUGAGAAACUAGUCGAGGCUCUGGUUCGCUCGGGCUCUGCAGCACUGGUGGAGAAAUACAUUGACGGCCCGGAGGUGGACGUAAACAUCGCCCUUAUCGAUGGGCAAAUUGCCUUCUGCAACAUCGUCGACCAGUUGCCAUGUUCAGCAGAAUUGAACGGUCUUAAGAAUGCCCCGGCAUCGUUCAAGGAAACUACGGAGCUUUAUCCAUCCAUACUACCAGAGUCUGAACGCUCCGCCUUGCGAGAGACAUCGCUGGCAGCACUAACGAAACUCGGAUUCAAGCAUGGUAUCUUCCAUAUGGAGGCCCGCGUCAUUGGAUCGUCUGUGUUAUGGAGUCGUACUAGCCAAACAGAUCUCCCGUAUCUCGAAAAAAGAGCAAUUGAGAAGAUUGAGCAGCCGCGAGCAAUGCUAAUAGAGAUCAAUCCUCGAACCCCAGGCUAUGCAGGAGCGCUGCCUGCCUUGUGCCGUUACGGAAUUGACUUCUCUUUGGUGCAGAUUCUUCUCUCUGUGGAAGACACCUCCCGAGCUCGCAUCCUAUCUCUCCCAUUCGGCGACCAGGAGAAUACAUGGGUGGUUACCGGCUUUGUUGCCACACCCAGAGGUGGAAUCUUUCAGGGUGAGAACAUGUUUGAGGAGUUGAGAGACAGGCUUCCUCGUCUGAUGGAGAAUGUCAUUGAUAUAAUGAUGUUUUUUAAAGACGGUGACAUAAUCAAGGAUCCCAGUGCGCAGCCUUCAUGGAUCGCCUUUUUUAUUGUGAAGACUGAAAAUGGGCACGAAGAGGCAGUGAGAAUAUGUGAGGAUAUUAACAAGAAUCUAAGAUUCGAGAUCAGCUAGGCUCUACGUAUUGCGGAAUAGAACAAUAGAGUCUCCUCGUAUGAGGCCA